UGACAGUGUAAACAUCAGUGUGUCAGUGCCUGUACACUUUGGGUGAACUUAGCAAACUUUCGAUUUUCUUUAAUCGACAGACCAUUUCACUUGAGGCAAAACGAAAGGGAAAACAAUGAGUGGAGGGGAAUCCAGGAGAGGCUCAUGGAGGGGUGGGAGUGGAGGAUGGAGAGGAAGAGGAGGAGGAGGAGGAAGUGGUGGUGGUGGUGGUGGAGGAUGGAGAGGAGGUGGUGGAGGAUGGAGAGGAGGUGGGGGAGGAUGGAGAGGUGGUGGGGGAGGAUGGAGAGGAGGUGGAGGAGGAUGGAGGAGUAGACCAUGGAGAGGAGGAUCAGGGGGAGGAGGAAGGGGUUCAGGAGGAGGAGGGUGGAGAGGUGGAGGUAGUCCUGGGUCAGGAGGAUCAGUUAAUACCUUCAGCAGUCAGAGAGCUCUUUGUCAGACUACCCUAGAUGCACUGUGUCCGUACAAAGGAUGGGCACUCUACUUCACAGAAGGCUUCAUACAGAGCUCACCUAGUGUGGAGAAGAUUAAAGUGUUUGAGAAAUAUUUCACUUCCAAGAUUCAGCUGUAUGACAAGGAUGAGAUUGAGCGUCAGGGCAGCGUUCUGGUGGAUUACGCAGACUUGACUGGAGACAAGACUGUGUGUAGAGCGCUUCCUGACCUAACCACAGAGCUGAAGGAACAGCCAGAGCUGAUACUCAACUGUUUGGGAGUGGCUAUUCACCAGGUGUUGACUAUAGAUUUGGAGAAACAGGCUGCUGAGUUGCAAGGGGAAGAGCUUCCUGUUAACACGCCAAUCAUCAACAUCCCUCACAUUAGUGCGAGGCUGUAUAACUAUGAACCGCUGACUCCGCUGCGGACACUGCGUGCCAGUGUGUUUGGGCGGCUGGUUUGUGUGAAGGGAACAGUGGUCAGAGUUAGCAAUAUCAGACCUUUCUGUACCAGGAUGGCCUUCAGAUGUCUGGGCUGCUCACACACACAGUCUCUGCCACUGCAGCAUGGGAAAUAUGCAACACCUACCAAGUGUAUCCAGCCUGACUGUCGCAGUCGUUCCUUCACCCCCAGCCGGAGUUCUCCUCUUACACACACUGUAGACUGGCAGAUUAUCAAGGUGCAGGAGUUGAUGAGUGGAGAGCAGAGGGAGACUGGACGAAUCCCACGCACCGUGGAGUGUCAGCUGACCUCCGACCUCUGUGACAGCUGCGUCCCUGGAGACACUGUAACUGUGACAGGGAUAGUUAGAGUUACCAGCGAUGGUAGUUCCCGGGGGAAUAGGGAUCAGUGUAUGUUCCUCCUCUACCUUGAAGCCACAUCAGUCAGUAAUACUAAAGGUCAGCACUCCAAGUCAGGUCAGGGGUCAAGAGGGUCGCUUGAAGAUCAUUCUGGAGGUGAGGAGUUCAGUCUGAAAGAGCUGUAUGCCGUCCAGGAGAUCCAGUCUCAGCCUGACUUACUGAGACUCAUAGUACACUCUUUGUGUCCUGUCAUCUAUGGCCAUCUCCUGGUGAAAGCUGCCCUCGCCUUGGCCUUGUUUGGUGGCAGACAGAAACACACAGACAAGAACAGCGUUCCAGUCAGAGGAGACCCACACAUCCUGAUGGUGGGAGACCCUGGACUGGGGAAGAGUCAGAUGUUACAGGCAGUGUGCAACGUCGCUCCCAGAGGAAUUUACGUAUGUGGCAACAGCACCAGCACCACAGGAUUAACAGUGAGUUUAUCCCGAGAUGCAGGAACAGGAGAUUAUGCUUUGGAGGCUGGAGCCCUGGUGCUGGCUGACCAAGGUUUGUGCUGCAUUGACGAGUUUGAUAAAUUGGGCCACCAGCAGCAGGCUCUGUUGGAGGCCAUGGAGCAGCAGUCUGUGAGCCUGGCUAAGGCCGGAAUAGUUUCCUCUCUGCCUGCCAGAACGUCAGUCGUAGCUGCUGCAAACCCAGUCGGAGGACAUUACAACAGAGGCAAGACUGUCUCUGAGAACCUCAAAAUGGGCUCAGCUCUCCUCUCUCGCUUUGACGUUGUCUUCCUCCUCCUGGACAUCCCAGAUGAGUCACAUGACCGCCGCCUGUCGGAGCACGUCAUGGCAAAUAGGGUAGGAAAAGGCAGAACCAGCAGUGCCACAGUCACCAGGGCCAACAGUGAAAUGGACACCUCCAUCCUGCUAGAACACUCAGACAUGCCGCUGUCUGAACGCUUGCAGAUCCCCGCAGGUGAAACUGUAGACCCCAUUCCAGCCUGCUUGUUAAGGAAGUACAUCAGCUAUGCUCGUCAGUACGUCCAUCCCUCGCUCUCUCCGGAAGCAGCACAAACACUUCAGGACUUCUACCUCUCACUAAGAUCUCAGUCGCACUCUGCCGACACUACACCCAUCACCACAAGACAACUGGAGUCUUUAAUUAGAUUAACCGAGGCAAGAGCCAGGCUGGACCUCAGAGAGACGGCUACCAAGAGUGAUGCUGACGAUGUGGUGGAGAUCAUGAAGCACAGUCUGGCUGAUACAUAUUCAGAUGGUCUGGGCAAUCUGGACUUUGACCGCUCUCAGCUUGGAUCAGGCAUGAGUCAGCGGAGCGCUGGAAAACGACUGAUCAACGCUCUGCACUCUCACGCACAGAGGACCAGUCAGAAGCAGUUUGACCUACAGAUGCUUCGAAGUAUCGCAGACAAACUGAACAUCAAGGUGAUGGACUUUGAAGGUCUGGUGAGCUCCCUGAAUGAACAGGGUUUCCUCCUGAAGAAAGGAUCCAAGCUGUACCAGCUGCAGACAGUCUGAUUCAGAAUAUGUGCGUACUCCUAACUGCACCUCGCUGCCAGGUCAGUGUCAGGGAUUCAUGAAAAGGGUAUCUCUCUGUAGAAAAGAAAAAGAAAAAACAAACUAAACAAAUGUAUGACUGAUUGUACUUGUGAUUUGGGUUUAAUUGCAUUAGACAUUACAGACAUUAGACAAGACCCACCUCUUCAAUGAUGGGUUUUGUUACAGAUAUCUUUAUCUAAAUAAAGAUAUAAUUUAUUUUUUCCAGAAUUUAAACGCAUAACUGGGUUUAGACUGGUUUAUCCUAAUAGUCAUAUACACAUGCUUUCAUGUUAUUUUAACGGUACAUGGUGACUGUUUCAAACAACAGCUGUAGCUGAAUCUUGUUUUUCCAGUAUUUUCAAAGUAAGGUCAGACUUGGACGAUGUGCUGAGCGUCUGAGAGAAAUGGGGAUGUACUUAUAUUUGAUAAAUAUUUAAUACAUGAUUAUACCUUUUCACUGUUGACUUUUCCAUACAAUUUGUUUUCUACAUACAUGACUUUGUACUAGAAACACUUCAGUACAGUUAAAAUGUGCUAUAUUUAUUCAUUGUUAUAUUUAUGUAUAUAAAAUGACAUAUGUAUUUAUGUGUAAAUGUUUGGUGUUAAGUAUCUUGGUAAAGAUCAGUUUAAUUGAAACAGUUGCUUCCAGUGAUGCAGCUUGUCCUCAGUCUAUAGGACAGUUUCUGCUGCACUCAGUAAGAGAAGUAGUUGCUUGAUAACAAUGGGUAACAUCCACUGAGGUUGUUUCUCAUUAAACUCAAACAUUGAGCAAUCACACAAUAUUUUUUUUACAUGUCAUGAUAUAAAUAUCCAAAGCUGCUGCCCAUUUAAUUUGAUCGUCGAAAAAGCUAAGCAUACAUUUUUUUCGUCUCAUUUUUCUCUGAUGCUCUUUAUUAUCUGCUAUUUCUGGUUACUUUCUGUAUGGUAUGCAAUUUGUUAGUUAACAUGAAACAUUCAGUUAAUAAAUUUUUUCUAAAUAC